GCAUGCUGGGAGUGAUCAAGUUUCUCCAACAUGGCGGCGGCUGGCCUUUCUGUUAUUUCAUCUUUUAAUAGCGAGAAUAGAAAUAUUUUGAAAAAUGAUGAUCUACCAAAAGCUAAAAGCAACAAAGAAGUUAAGAUGGAGAUUGAAAUUGAUAAAAGCCAUGAGGGAAUUCAGCAAUACUAUGUCACAAAAAUUGAAGAACUUCAGCUGACAGUUACAGAAAAGGUUAAAAACCUUCGAAGACUUGAAGCACAGAGAAAUGAAUUAAAUGCUAAAGUGCGUAUGUUACGAGAGGAAUUGCAGUUAUUGCAGGAACAAGGAUCAUAUGUGGGUGAAGUUGUAAAGCCAAUGGAUAAAAAGAAAGUUCUUGUUAAGGUUCAUCCUGAAGGAAAGUUUGUGGUUGAUUUAGAUAAAGCUAUUGAUAUUAAUGAUGUCACAGCCAACUCUCGUGUUGCUUUAAGAAAUGACAGUUAUACCUUACAUAAAAUUCUUCCAAACAAGGUUGAUCCUUUAGUAAGCUUGAUGAUGGUUGAAAAAGUCCCAGACUCUACAUAUGAAAUGGUUGGUGGUCUGGAUAAACAGAUUAAAGAAAUAAAAGAAGUAAUUGAACUACCUGUUAAACAUCCUGAAUUAUUUGAAGCACUUGGGAUCGACCAACCCAAGGGUGUGCUAUUGUAUGGUCCACCAGGCACAGGAAAGACUCUUCUUGCUCGAGCUGUGGCUCAUCAUACUGCAUGUACUUUCAUCAGAGUCUCAGGGUCUGAACUAGUUCAGAAGUUUAUUGGAGAGGGUGCUAGAAUGGUGCGAGAAUUGUUUGUUAUGGCCAGAGAGCAUGCUCCGUCAAUUAUUUUCAUGGAUGAAAUUGAUUCAAUCGGAUCUUCAAGAAUUGAAUCUGGUGGAUCAGGUGAUAGUGAAGUACAGAGAACAAUGUUGGAAUUGCUAAACCAACUAGAUGGAUUUGAGGCUACCAAAAACAUCAAGGUUAUAAUGGCCACGAAUCGCAUAGAUAUCUUGGACGCAGCUUUACUACGACCUGGCCGAAUUGAUCGAAAAAUUGAAUUUCCUGCACCGAAUGAAGAGGCUCGCUUGGAUAUCUUGAAAAUUCACUCACGCAAGAUGAAUUUAACGAGAGGAAUAAAUCUUCGAAAAAUUGCCGAAUUGAUGCCUGGAGCAUCUGGUGCUGAAGUAAAGGGUGUCUGUACAGAAGCAGGUAUGUUCGCCUUAAGAGAGAGAAGAGUUCAUGUGACACAAGAAGAUUUUGAGAUGGCCGUGUCUAAGAUCAUGCAGAAAGAUUCUGAACGAAACAUGUCUGUGAAGAAGCAAUGGAAAUAAUAACGUCAGUACGAAUUGGUGCAUGGACGCGUGGUUUUUUAUUAUAUCUGUCGAUUGAUGAUAUGCAUAUUUUGCUGUUGUUACAUCAAAAUUCUAAGUUAGGGAGGAGUGAGGUUGCAAUUUAAAGAGAGUAUUUGAUGUGGAUGAUUGAAUACACAUUACUCUGCAGUCGUGUGCAAGAGUCAGUUUUUGACAGCGAUAUUCCAUCACUUGAAAAACGUAAAUGUUUUUUAUAUAAAUGAAGCCUGUUCUACAUAUGCGGAAAACCUUUCUAGAGUAUCAAUCCAAUCUCCAUACCUUCUAUAAAUGAAUAUUUCCUAAUUACCUUUUGGACUUUGUACGUAAAACCAGAUUGCAUUUAUCAGAUGUGCAUAACGUAAAGUAAAGUCAUUUGUCGUUGAAACUUCUACAGUAACCGUGUUGUUAUGUAAUAUAAGUUUGCUGAUUUCGUCCAACUGUCGUAGGUUGCUUGUAAUUUUUGCAGUAUUAAACUGAAUAUAGAAAUUCGAAAAAACA